UGUUUUUCCUCUGUUAAAAUAUCGUCCUGUCAACCCAAUGACAGUUUAAUUUAUAUAGCUUCAUAAGCCCGGAAAGGCGUGCUUAUCGACUAUAGUUCAUUCUUAUGAAGACCUGUAUAAUUAGCGCGACGUAGCUAUCACCGUUAUCAUCCCGUGGUAACUGAAGCUCACCCUUGCUUGGUGUCAUUUCACAACGCUGGGAAUUCCACCGAAGGUGUUCACCUGACGAACGACCCCCCAUUCCCCCCAACCCCAGCCCAUUUUUUUUGUUUUGUUUCACAGGCGAAAUACUUUGGAAAGGUAACAUAUUAAAGUGGCUGUGUGACGUCGAGAUGGCCAGCUGCUCGCUGAGGCGCUCACUUGACUGGGAUGAAACCCAGUGCCUCAAAUUUUACGGGCUGCUGUCCCUCCACGAGGUCUUCAAAGUUGUCGGCUCACAACUGACAGACGCCGAUAUCGACGUGCUUUCUUUCCUCCUGAGUGAAACCUGCACCCCCGUUCACCCCAUGGACCCCGCCGGCUGGACGGUGAUGCCCGAAGAAGACAACCCACUCAAUCCCGGCGAGGCCCCGAGUCCCAGGCUCCUGGUGGCCUGGAAGCGCUUGCAGUCGCAAGGCUUCCCGCAGCCCAUGGUGGCCUGGUUCAAACCCAGGAGCGGACUUGAGUUGUUGCUUGAGCUGGAGAGGCGAGGGUAUAUUAGUGAAGGCAACCUGGAGCCACUUCUACAGCUCCUCAGGGUCCUCACCCGACACGACUUGCUGCCUCUCGUGUCCCACAAGAGGAGACGAACAGUGUCUCCAGAAAGAACUGACAAACGAAGCCUGGUAGAACACCGAGAGUUGUUGUGCACUUGUGGCCCGAGGGUGUCCUCCUAUAGACAAGCAGAAAUGUCUCUUCCUCCCUCCACACAGCAAGUGAGAACAGGGUCCGACCCUCCAGUGGCUGGAGUCUCCGCGCAGAGGAGAAGACAACGACGAAAAGGGCACGGCUGGAGUCGCAAGCCCAAAAAGACCAGCAGCAGGCAGGCCCAGCAACUGCCGCCAGCAGCAGCAGCUCAGAAAGCCUCAUGCAACAUCCGCCUGAGAGUACGGGCCGAGUACCUGGAGCACGAGUCGGCGCUACGCGACGGCGUGUCGUCAGACAAGCGGCAACCUCUGGAGCGCCAGUUCGAGCUGUUCAGGCAGGCCGACUCGCUGCUGCGCGCCCGAGACCUGGGCGCCAUCGUGUGCGACAUCAAAUUCACCGAGCUGGACAACUUGGAAGCCUUCUGGGUGGACUACCUGAGCGGGGCGCUGCUGGAGGCCCUCAAAGGGGUCUUCAUCACCGACUCGCUGAGGGUGGCGGCGGGCUCCGAGGGCGUCCGGCUGCUCAUCAGCGUGGACCAGGACGACUACGAGGAAGGCCGCCGGCUGCUGAGUGCCGGCGUGGCGCCGCCGUCAUCCGCUGCCGCCCACAAGGACAAUCGCUGAGGGAAUGUAGGUGGACUUUAAGCUAUGAUACCACAUUGGCAUGUUGUUGAAAGGUACAGAGUGGGUUUUUUCUUUGGUGUAAUGCCUCUAGCGGCCACUAGAUGGCAGCAAGCACCGCUCGUUGACGGUAAGCCUUAACCCUUGGAUUCUGAGCUGAGACAACGAAUCUUUCUGAUUUCCGUUUGAAUUCACAUCCAGGCGAUGACCUUAUAAGACAGCAGAAGGAAAUGUUAGGACAAGGCGAAGCGGGACCAACAAAAGGACACACAGUGGUAAGCCGCACUUAACACGGGAUUCAGUUGGGCGUUCACGUGUGUUGCUUGAAAGCCUCAAUACUCGUCCAUUCCAAAUAUAGUAUCGGUCAAUAUGGGAAAAGUUACAACUAAAUUAUAAGUGAGACAACUAACGUUUUUGUUUCAAACUUUUCUGUGACAAAGAAAAAAAAUAGGCUUUGCCACAGCGCUCUGUUUUCUAGUUGCCCGCAGUCUCCAUUUGGAUGAAAUGUGUUCAUUUUAGUUGAUUUUUUUUUUUAUUUAAAACCGAGGCAAGUCGUAGAAAUCUAUGUUUUGGUCGUAACCUAUGACGUAACUUUCUCUCCGGUUGCCGCGGUGUAUAAAAUACAUCACAGUCUCCACUUUGCAGUAUCGCUCCGUUUUGGCUGCAGCACUUUGAUUUUGUGCUGCCCGUAGUCUCCUUUUGAGGUUAGCAUUGUCUCCCUGCCGCAAUAUAUUUUCAAGUGGAAAACUGAAGACGAGUAGAUGAAAAAUAAAGAUCUGUGCAUCGUAAUUUAAGAAGCUGCAGUCUUGCAGUCCCAUCGUCCCCACUUGGCUUGCCGCGCUUUAUUUUAUUGCUCACAGUCUCCUCUGAUAAAAUGUUGCUAUUUACUCUGAAGUCGAAAACCAAAGUGACAAAAGUGGUCUUUGCAUCUGUGGACAUCAUCACCCUAAAAUCCGGUCACAACACUAUCGUAUAUUCAGACUGCCCACAGUCUCCUUAUGGAUACAAUUUCUCUCCUGUCCACAAUAUUUUAGUACUAUAAGUGGGCAAAAAAAUGUUGUUGCAGUGUCACACUUAGCUCCCAGCUUUUUUUUUUUUCCAUUGGCCACAGUUUCCUUGCGGUUAAAGUUUUCCGUCUGACCAUAACUAAUUUUGCACUGGGAAACGGAGAUGAGUCGAAGGCUUUUUUUUCCUCCCUCCCGCUUAUACAUGCUAUAGAAGCUCACCCGUAGCGUUAUCAUACACAAUCUCCACUUGGCCCCAGUGCUCGGGUUUUCACGUUUGACAUGGUUUCCGCGGGAAUAAAAAUUUUGUCACCUUCCUGUAAUAUGUUUGAAGUCGAAAAGUGAGGCGAGAAAAAAAAAAGUCAUCUUUGCGUCUUAACUUUGGUGACACACAAACACGCUCUCUUAAGAUAAGCGAGCCGAGUCCCGGAUUGUCCUAAGAAGAUAACUCUGCGGCGUGUGAUUGCUGCGGUCAGUGGUCAGCAUUAGAUGACAUCAGUGAUUAGCUUCCGGCUUCAGCCCACCGUGGACAAGUCAUCUUCACAGCUGCCGAAAUGAUAAUUUCAGAUGUGUGUGUGUGUGUGUGAGCUUCAAGUGCUUCCCUCAGCAAGUCAUACGCGUACAAGACUGGACAGUGUGUCGCUCAAUACGAGUGAUGUUCAAGAGAUCAAAAUCCCAAGUGCACGCAUCCGGGGUGCGAUCAUGCCUGUUAGAGUGUCUUUGACGGAACCCUGUCUGGUCGCCCUGCCGGAACUAAUGCCCGGACUUCACUUGGAGACGGCGAUCAAUAAGGCCCCCUUGCUUUCGUGUGGAAAACCACUAGAAGAAGAAGACUGGCCUGGUCAGAAGGGCUCGACUCCACGGGCCCGGACAUGAGUGUUUAUUUUUUUGUAAAUGUAAUUAUGUUAAAGGAAAAAUAUAUUUCUUGAAAAACUUUGUUUAAAAACAAAUGUGUGCCAGUUCACAUUGUGUUUAACUAUAUUCAGAAGGUAAUAUAUCAUAUGGGUGAAUACUAAUACAAUUAAUAAAGGUGUAGUUGCCCUUAA